GUGGGAGGAGGCCGUGGCGGCGGUCGUGGCUGCGGCCCGGGGAAGUGAAUGGUUUUACCCAGAGGGCCGUGCGCCGCCUUUCUCGGCUGGCCCCGGCGUGCCCGCCAGCUCCUCCCUGGCCAUGGCGUUCACGUUCGCGGCCUUCUGCUACAUGCUGGCUCUGCUGCUCACCGCCGCGCUCAUCUUCUUCGCCAUCUGGCAUAUUAUAGCAUUUGAUGAACUGAAGACCGAUUACAAGAAUCCUAUAGACCAGUGUAAUACCCUGAAUCCUCUUGUACUUCCCGAGUACCUCAUCCAUGCUUUCUUCUGUGUCAUGUUUCUUUGUGCAGCAGAGUGGCUUACACUGGGUCUCAAUGUGCCCCUUUUGGCAUACCAUAUUUGGAGGUAUAUGAGUAGACCGGUGAUGAGCGGCCCUGGACUCUAUGACCCGACAACCAUCAUGAAUGCAGAUAUUCUAGCAUACUGUCAGAAAGAAGGAUGGUGCAAGUUAGCUUUUUACCUUCUAGCAUUUUUUUACUACCUAUAUGGCAUGAUCUAUGUUUUGGUGAGCCCUUAGAACAGCACAGAAGGCUCUGUCCAGGUAAGUGCAUGCAAAAAGCCACUAAAUGAAAGGAUUCUAUCCAGCAAAGUCCUGUUUCCAAGAGUAGCCUAUGGAAUCUGACCAGUUACUUUAACAAAUGACUCCUUGUUUUUAAAUGUUUCCACAUUUUUGCUUGUGGAAAGACUGUUUUCAUAUGUUAUACUUGGAUAAAGAAUUUAAACGGAAUUACGUGCAAAUUAAUAUAAGAUGAUUACCUCUAGUGUUGACAGGUUGAACUUGCACUCCUUAAGGAACAGCCAUAAUCCUCUGAGUGAUUGCAUUAAUUACUGACAGUCCUUAGUUCAUCGGAAGCUUGGUUUAUAGGAACUUGUAGGGCCCGUUUUGGUUUUAUUGAAAUGCUGUCUAAAUAUAAAUUAGCUGUAGAUAAUCAGGUGCUUCUGGUGAACUGAAAAUGUGUAUCAGCCUUGUGGGAAACUUCAUAGGUUUCCUCAUUUAUUACUGUAGAUGAUUAUAAUGGAUACAUUUACAAAAUAAGAAGAGUGGGAUUAUUUCCCUGUGGACUUGAAUAUUAUCCCUAUAUUGCAUGAAUGAGAGACUUCCCAUAUUUCCAUCAGAGUAAUAUACUUGCUUUAAUUCUUAAGCAUAAGUGAACAUAAUACAAAAAUAUAUGCUGAAUUACCUGUAAAGAAUGCAUUUAAAGUUAUUUUAAAUGUGUUUUUAUUUGUAAGACAUUAUAUACUAAGAAAAUGGUUAUGCUUACUCUUCUAAUCUGAUGGUAAAGGUAUUCUUAAGAAUUUGCAAGUACAUUAGAUUUUCAAAACUUGAAUGAGAGAACUGUGUGACCACCCUGCUGUUCCUUUAGUGCAAUACAAUAAAACUCUAAAAUUAAGACUCAUUUUCAGUGCAUUGUUUUACAGACUACAGUUAUUUCUCAUACUUGCUCAAUCCAUAAUAAAAGACAUGUUA